AUGGCUUCGUCUCAGGGGAAGAACGAGCUGCUCUUCGCCGACUGGAUGGCAGCACUGCCCGCCAGCCUCCACAGCACCCCGCUCACCAACCUGGCCAUCCCCGGGUCUCAUGACUCUUUUAGCUUCUACAUUGAUGAAGCCUCUCCAGUCGGGCCUGAACAGCCAGAGACGGUCCAGAAUUUUGUGUCAGUUUUUGGGACUGUGGCUAAAAAGCUGAUGAGGAAGUGGUUGGCUACACAGACCAUGAACUUCACCAGCCAGCUGGGGGCAGGUAUACGGUAUUUUGAUCUCAGAAUUUCCACCAAGCCCAGAGACCCAGACAAUGAACUCUACUUUGCUCAUGGCUUAUUCAGUGCCAAAGUCAAGGAAGGUCUGGAGGAGAUCAAUGCAUUUCUCACUGAGCACCCAAAAGAAGUGGUCUUCUUGGACUUCAAUCAUUUCUAUGGGAUGCAGAAGUGCCAUCACGAAAAGCUUGUCCAGAUGCUCAAGGACACCUACGGCAACAAAAUGUGUCCUGCUAUAUUUGCCCACGAAGUCAGCCUCCAGUACCUGUGGGAAAAGGAGCACCAAGUGCUAGUGUUCUACCACAGCCCCGUGGCUGUCGAGGUAGCCUUUCUGUGGCCAGGCCAGAUGAUGCCAGCUCCCUGGGCAAACACGACGGAUACAGAAAAGUUGAUUCAGUUCCUGCAGGCAUCAAUCACUGAAAGAAGAAAGAAAGGCUCCUUUUUCAUAUCUCAAGUAGUGCUGACGCCAAAGGCUAGUACGGUGGUGAAAGGGGUUGCAAGUGGUCUCAGAGAAACGAUCACAGAGAGGGCUCUUCCUGCAAUGAUGGAGUGGGUCCGAACUCAGAAAGCAGGAGAAAGUGGUGUGAAUAUUAUCACUGCAGAUUUUGUAGAACUUGGUGACUUUAUCAGCACAGUCAUAAAACUCAACUACUCUCUGGAUGAAGGUGAAGAUGACACUACUUGAUAGUACUGUGAUAUGUGUGUUGUUGUGUUAUUCAGAAUUUGAAAAAAAAAGAAAGAUUGUAUUCUAAAAGGAUUAUAUUGUGAAACACUCAUCUUGUAACACACUGAGGUGUUUAGGGCUUUAGUGGGUGGGCAUAAGGGAAAUGUUUCCAUCAUUUAUUAUCAUUUUUCAUAUUUGUGUUUAAUGUGAAGAGCAAAACUCAACAUGUUUACAGUGUUUGAUAAAAGAAGGCCAUGUACAGGUUCUCCAUGAGGUACCAAAUGUGAUUCAUGUGUCUUCUGUGGUUAUGAGCAGUGCCAAUAAAUUUGUUGUUUUCAGAGCAAGGGGAUGUAUAUAUUGUCCUCCUCCUGCUCACAGCAGGAUUCCCAAUGGUGUGAACUUUGCACCAGAUGACUGAGGACAAUAUAUCUGGCACGAAAAUUUUAAGCUGCUACAUUUCAUCUGUUAGGUGGUUUAACUGAUCAUAUUUGUCAAUGAGCUGCAGGUUUAAAUGCCUUUGUGAUGUAAAUCCAAAGUCAUGCUUCUAACACAUGCAUAAUCAGUGGACAGUAAACAUGAUGUGCUAUGUACCAUAAUCAGCAGACAGUAAACAUGAUGUACUGUGUAGCUUGCACAAAGCACAGACGAAAUCCUGCUUGCUUUUCAUUCUCAAAAUGGAGGUUUCCAAUGUCUCUGCCUCAGGUCAAGCCAGCAGAUAUGUGAUACUGGCCUAACUCUGUAAUCACAGAGUGGCCUGGGUUGGAUCCUUAAAGAUCAUCUAGUUCCAACACCCUGGCCAUCGGCAGGACACUUUUCCCUAGACCAAGUUGCUCAGAGCUCCAUCCAGCCUGGCGUUACACACUUCCAGGCAUGGGGCAUCCACAGCUUCUCUUGGCAACAUGUUCUAGUGCCUCAUCACUCUCACAGCAAAGAAUUUUUUCCUAAUAUCUAAUCUAAACCUAUUCUCAGUCUGAAGCCAUUCCCCCUUGUCUGUCACUACAUGCCCUUGUAAAAUGUCUCUCUCCACCUUUCCUGUAGCCUCCCGUCAGGUACUGGAUGGCCAAAAUUAGGUCACCCCAAAACCUUCUGUUCUCCAGACUGAACAAUUCCAAUUCUCAGCCUUUCCU